AUGACAUCGGCGCCGCGUGUUCCCGACUUCGGUACUGCGUGUGCCCCACAUCGGUACCGCGUGUUCCUGACUUCGAUACCGCGUGUGCCCCACAUCGGUACCGUGUGUUCUCGACUUCGGUACCGUGUGUGCCUGACAUCGGUACCGCGUGUUCCUGACUUUGGUCAUGACAUCGGCUCAUAUGCUCGCGUUGCGGAAUCGGUACGCUUUCGUGGGAUGCUGACUUCGGCACAUAUGUGA